AUGUCCGCCGGCGGCGACGAUGACAAGGUCCGCGGCGAGACAUCGCUCCCGCGCCUACUCUCCAGCCUGCACGCAACGCUGCACCCAGAAACAUAUGUGUUCGCGACCAUCCCAGAGGACAAAUUCAACUACGCACGCCUCCCCAUCCCGCUCGAGGACAUCUGCCUGUUCUUCCGCGAGCCGCGCCAGGGCAAUGGCGCCACCACCACACAAUCCGUCGCGCCGUCGUCGCCGCCGUCGUCAUCAUCGCCAGCAUCAACAUUGACAAAGGGCACGCACGAAGUGAGCCUGGAACAGGGACAAGGGACCACAAAGCGCCCGAGCCAGAGCGCCAUCACGCUGAUCCUCCGCCUCGAGACGGCCCGCCAGCACAAUCUCCCGCAAUACACCUACCCGUGCAAGAUGAUCACGUGCGCGGUGCACUCGUCACUCGAGGCCGUGGGCUUCAUGGCCGUGCUGGCCACGAGACUGGCCCAAGCCGGCAUCAGCGUCAACCCCGUUAGCGGCUUCUACCACGACCAUCUCUUCGUGCCGGUCGGGCGGGCCGCCGAGGCUGUCGCUGUGCUGGGCCAGGUGAGGGACGAGGCUGCGCGGGAUUUGGCAGGCGAGAGUCCGUUGGACCAAACUGAGUAAAAGCGAGGAAACUGUCAAGAGAGAGGAGCAAUUGUGAGAAUUAUCGAGAGGGAUGCAGACGACGGAGAAAUUCAUGUUCGGACAUGGACUUUGACAAGAUGGUCGGAGAUGGAGAUAUCUAGGAACAAACUUGAUUGCAAUAGUGAACGCCGCAAGAGGUAUCACUUGUUUCUACCGCUGGGAACGCAUUUCAGAUAUUGACAACGAAGCCCUAGCGAGCCAGGGGUAUCGGAACACAGUG